AGCUGUCUAGCUGUCACCUCAACAACACAGCAACAACCUGGUUCUUCCGUGUUACACCUGAGGAGCGCAGUGAAUAACUGGGGACCAUGGCUGCAACACUGCUUCCGUUUCUGAUGAAGAUAAAAAAUCGUAGUGAUGCUGUUCUCUCUUUACUUACAGAUACUAUGGAAGGAAGCAAUGGUAUCUGGCCCAGUCAGACGCAACCAGGGGGUCUUGUCUGGUCGACACAGCCUGGCCAACAGCCCACCCAACCCCAGGCCAUGCCCUGCUUUCCUGGGCAGCCCAGCACCCCCUGCUGGCCUGGUCUACAACCAUCCCAACCAGCCCCAGCUCCGGCUCAACCUCAGCCAAUGCCCUGUUUUCCUGGGCAGCCCAACACCCCCUGCUGGCCUGGGCAACAGCCAUCCCAACCAGCCCCAGCUCAAACCCAAAACUGGAACUGGCCUGGUCCGCAACCAUCUCAACCAGCCCCAGCUCCAUCCCUAAACUGGCCUGGUCCCCAACCACAACCACCCCAACCAGCCCCAGCUCCAUCCCUAAACUGGCCUGGUCCCCAACCACAACCACCCCAACCAGCCCCAGCCCAUCCCUGCCAGCCAUGCUGGCCUGGACCCCAUCCCCAGCCUCCCCAAUUCCAGCCUCAGCCUGCUCUGAUUCAAGCCCAGGCCCAGGGCCCCAGUCAGCCUAGUGUCCCAGGGUGGCCAGUCCCAGGCCUUAGCCCAAGCGUUAACCCAGGGUCUGGAUGGCCAUUAGGCCCUGGUCAGGACACAGAUGGCUUCACACCUGCUCCACAGUGGAAUCCGACACCAGCUGGACUGAGCGUUCCCUACAACCAGAACCUACAAAGAGGCAUCUACGACAAGAUGAUGAUCACCAUCAUGGGCCGGGUCAAACCAAAUGCUAAGCAGUUCACAGUCAACUUCCUGCGAGGUAAAGACAUCGCCUUCCACCUCAACUCUCGGUUCAAUGAGGGGGGCAAGCAGGCAGUGGUGAGGAACACCAAGGUGGGAGAGCACUGGGGGAAGGAGGAGAGGCACACACAGGGAGGCUUUCCCUUCAUGGCAGGACAGUCCUUCGAGAUGAAGAUUCUGGUUACGUCUGGGGAGUUCAAGGUGGCUGUGAACGGAGCUCAGCUGUUUGAGUUUAAACACCGCGUCAGAGAACUCAACCAGAUCGAUCGCAUCAACAUCCUCUAUGAUGUCAUCCUCAUCUCCAUCAACGUAGACACAAUACCAUGACACCCACACCCAUGACAUCAAUAUACAGUAUAUAACACCCAGCAUAGGCUACAUGCAUAACAUGGCAUCAAUCUGCAUUUGUCUUUGCACCUGUUUUAUGAUGAUGAUAACGAGCUGUACACUUAAACCACAUUAAUUCCCACUAACAAACACUCCGUCUGCAAAUGUGUGUAAUGUUAAAGGCCUAAGAAUUCAACAAUGCCAUUUAAUUUUUAUUUUUAUUUCAUAUAACUAUUUUCUGUUGAAUGUCUAUACAAAUAAACAUACUUUAUGACUUUGAACUGACUAAAUAUAUCAGUAGUUACAGAAGGUCUCUAUAUGAGAGGAUUCAGCGUCCUCAGCUGAUUCAGCGUUUUCAGAAUCUAACCAGGUUAACUUCUGCCACUCUAAAUAAGAAAAAACUGUUGGUUGAGUGUGGCACCUCCAACGCCAGGGUUGUGGGUUCGAUUCCCACGGGGGAACAGUAUGAAAAUGUAUGCGCUCACUACUGUAAGUCGCUCUGGAUAAGAGCGCCUGCUAAAUGACUAAAAUGUAAAUGUAAAAUUGUGUGAAAUAAAA